CGCCACCACCACACAUCAUCAUCCAUCGCACGAGCCGCGGAGAGGAAGGCUUCCUGUCCUGUCGGUCGGUUGACAUGGGCGCCACGUCGUACGAGAGGCUGUCGAGCCACGCCGCCGGGAGCGGGCGCGGAGGGGGAGGGCUCGGGGCGUGGGCGGCGCUGAGGCGCGGGCUGGCGCGGCUGUGCGCCGCGCGGCGCGGGCGGUGGGCGCCGGCGAGGGGCAUGCUGGUGCGGGCGCGGGGGAGGAGCUGGCGCGGCCGCAGGAGGGUGGCGGCCGGGUGCGGGUACGACUCCGAGGGCUACGCGCGCAACUUCGACGACGGGCUGUGGAAGGCGGAGGAGGGCGCGCCGUGGAGGGCCGCGGGGCCGGCGAUCGGCGCCUGCAGGCUCGCCCGCGCCGUGUCCUCCCUCCAGUGAUUCAUUCUUUCGGCGUUUUUGUGAUCGCUCUGUGCGUUGUGAGCAUGGGCGGAGCCCAUUGGGCCGUCCCGUAUGCACAGGAAUACGGGUCCAAAUAUUUGCUAGUAGUAUUUAUCAACUAAAAAGGCCCAGUGCAUCAGGUUGGGCCAAGAGCAGUGCAUCAGGGUCGGCCCUAUUCGGCCACUCCUCCGGCCUGCUGCGUUACCGUGUUGGGCCAGUGCGGAAAACGCGAGCAUACGCACCUCCCCUCCCGUAGCCUAAUCGAUCCAACUUCCUCCACUUAAAAAACUAAAAAAAUCCAUCCAUCGAUCAGGUCUGUGUAGACUAGACGCGUACAGAUCCGGUCCCUCCAUACGCCUCGCCCUCGCGUACACAGGCGGCGGCGGCGGCGGCGGCGGCGGCAGGGCACCGGCCGCCGGACGCCGCAGGCCACGAACCCCGAGUCCUUUGGUGAUGACGCGAUGCACGCGAGCGACGCCGCACGCCGUCGGCCGGUCCAGCGCUCCGUAAUUUGGCAACCUUUCCAAUCUUGAGUCCUCGUUUCCAUGCGUAUCAAAGGCCACAAUGAAAAGCAUCAUCACAGGAUGUUCCGGAACACAUAAAUAGGGAAGAGGAGAUUCAAUAUCAUCCGGGCAAGAGAAAAUUGAUCAAACGUACUAAAGGUAAUUUCCAAUUUUUUAGCCAUUUAAAUACUUUCAUGGACAUUUUAUUAUGUUUUACUAGAAAGUUUAAUUCCAUUUUUAUCUUGUACAUUAUGUGCCCUGCUGUCGGAUGAUGUAUUCUGGAAUUUCAAAAUGCAAGACAACCUUUUCAAGUAA